AGUGGUCCAUUGGCCGUGCACGCCUGGCGCAUGAGCUCCUGUGAUUGGCUGCUGGUACGUUGAAGCCGCGUACCGACACUUGUGCUCAAUUACCAAUCAAAACGUUGUUACUCACGACCUGGCGCCGCGUGUCUGUCUCUUUACGUUAUUACAAAGUCAAAAAGUCGAGCGUGUCCCUGAGAGGCAGUCUGCCGGACAACAACCGACCAGGAGCUAGUAUGAAUGGUGUGGUUUGGAGCCUCUUUCACCACCUGCCGCGCUUCAUGGAGUCGGACAGCAGAAGUUUCCAGCCCUGGCGAGACUACAUGGGACUGUCGGAGACCGUCAGAGACAUCCUGGCACGGAGCAGCGCGGCUCAGCCGUCACUCUCAGCCCCCAAAGCCUCGCACCUGGAGCCCGGUGAUCGUGGCAGGGCUCUGGUGUCCAUGCGCCUUAACGCGGUGCGCCACAGCAACUUUGGGGCGGAUUGUGCGCCGGGUCUCCGCGGUGAGUCUCCGCGUCCAGACUCCUCGGCUCAUCGGAGUCGAACUGAUGUGUUGCGUGCACCAAACCCCGCUCAUGUUGACGCACCAGAUGUGGUGGAUCCCAAACAAGUGCCAAAACCUCACCGGGGGACAAAAGACCGUAAGAGGACGACUCGCCCUAGGACACCCGAGCCCCCGGCGGCUCCUCCACCUCCUCCUGAGCGCAUGUUCUGCAGCUUCUGCAAACACAAUGGAGAGUCCGAAGUGGUGUAUGGAUCCCACUGGCUGAAGAACCUGGCCGGGGAAGUCACGUGUCCUUACCUUCGGCAGUACGUGUGUCCUCUCUGCGGAGCCACGGGGGCCAAAGCUCACACCAAGCGCUUCUGUCCCCGGGUGGACAGCGCGUACAGCUCCGUGUACGCCAAGUCCAGACGCUGAAGCCAGCAGGUGGCAGGUAUAGCAACAACCAGCCACUGCACAGAGGCCACAGUCCUUUUUUAUGUGUGAUGUAUAUUUUUAUAGCACUAGUCUUGCUUUUUGCUUUUGUGUGUUUUUAGGCUUUGGUUUUUAUUUGCAUGCUUUGACACGUUUACACUGAGGCCUUCUGUGAAGCUGGCUGGUCUUGUGUGCCCGCUACUUCAAAAAGCGUCUGUUUACAAGUUGGUGGAUCUCGUGAGGUACUUAAUAUCUACAACGACUGCCAGAUAUCAUGUUUGGGAGGAGAGGAGAAAAGAAACAUGUUUCUCAGGAAAAUGUUUGUUUGUUUUAUAUAUAUAUUUUAAAACGUGGCCAUUUGAUGUCCAGCAUCACAUUUCCUGUCCAUGCACAAAUAUCAUAGCUUUAUCAGACCUACAGUCAUCAUUGGUAAUAAUUUUACUACAGCAUUUAAACAUCAUGUGACCAUGUCAGUAUUUAACAUUUUUAAAAUAUGAGUGACUUGUUCUAGUUCUAAGGUGUGCGAGUGAAUACCUGUUCCUGAGGCACCCUGUUUUAUUUUGAUUAUUUAUGUAUGUGUGGCUUUUCUAAAAGAAACUCUUCUGGCUUUGUGAAAUAAUAGCUGAUCUUUGUGUGAAUAUUCUUGUAUACCAGAAGUUAUUCAUAUCUAAAGUGAGUAAAUCUGUGUUUGUA